AUGAAACAUUCUGUGCCGUCGCGCAUAGUUCUUGUCGGAUCAACUACACAGCGAUUGUCUGAUCGGUGAGUUAGAAUAUAAUAAUAUUUGCGAAUUGGAGUUUAGGUCUCAGAAAUUUAAUCAAUUUGUAUGUUAAAUAAUAUUCAACGUUAUUUUUGGUCGAGUUGUUUUAGUAAUAUUUGUCAGGAUAAGUCUCUUGCAGCCAAUAAAAAACUGCAUUAUCUGACUUGUUUUUCUCUGAUUCCAUAUUCAAAAAUGGCGCUAGGACAAAUGCGGUUUUUAGACUCUUGCGGAUCUUCGGUUUUUGGACACUUGCGGAUUUGGGACAUUUGCGGAUUUUUUAAAGGUUUUUUUUUUUAUUUUUUAGUUAAUUUAGUUGUAUUAUGGUACUAAAUUGUACUAAAGUUUGAAUUGGUACGGUUUUAACAUAACAGUACCAAAAAUAUAAAACAGUACCAAUUUAAAAUUUAGUACUAUUUAGCACUAAAUCAUAUUAAAACAGUACCAAUUUAAACUUUAGUACCAUUUAGUACCAUAAUACAACUAAAUUAACUAAAAAAUUUAAAAAAAAACCCUUUAAAAAUCCGCAAAUGUCCAAAAAACGCAUUUGUCCUAGCGCCUCAAAAAUGUCUCCUUUUUAGAUGAGAAUUGAAAACUUGCUAAAGUUUAUUGUUAAAUAAUAAUUUGUGCGCAUUUACUCUGGCGCGCGGGAUAUUUCAUGUUGAUACCUAAAACAUAAGUAAAUUUUUUGUGUGCGUAAAUUCGGGUUCAGUUUUUCCAAACUUACCCAUCACUUUGCCUUUUGUUCAGCUUAAGAAAGGUUGGUUUUCAUAUUUCUGUCUCAUUAGUUUCUUUUCGUUUUUUUAAUCUAAUCUAUAAUAAUAUACUCGUUAAAUUCUUUAAAAACUUUGUGGUUCUGUUUGUUAUUUUAAUAUAGCCUUGUUAUAACCAUAUAAUUAACUUAUUUUUUAGAUUUCAACGUCUUCCAGCACCUCGCUUAUCAGAUAAAAUGGACGGCCCACGCAACUUUCUCUACGACGACUACAUGGAAGCCGACUUCUACUCCCAAGGAGCAGUCGAUUCGUUUGGAGCUGGUGGGAGAGGCGACUCGUAAGUUUUUUAAAACUUUUCAAUAGUUUUACUUGUAUAUUUUCUUUCAUUUUGUCAAAUCAGAAUAUAAAACGUAUCAAUGAUAUAGAGAUCAAAACUUAUUCUAUUUAUUCUAGAUUCCGUCGCCGUACUAACGCCAGAAGUGCCAUUGACAUGCCUCUGGACACUUUCUCAUCUCGCCGUGCUGGUCCCUCACGUGGUCGUGGCUUCGUUGACGAAGAAUUUGCUCCAAGACAACCCACACAUGCUCGCAGAAUGGCAUCGGCUCUAGGAAUUCCACAAAGACGCCAGAGAUUUGACGACAUUCCACCUAGAAGAGCUCCAGUACGAAGAGUGAUUCGAGAGGUGGUUGAUGAUGAUCGGUACGGUGGAGUAGAAGAAGUUGUCAGAGUAGUGAGGAAGCCACAAAGAAUUCAAAGAGAAAGAACGCGGACUAUUACUAUCGUUAAGAAGGUCCCCAUCACACAGAGAGUAUCGAGAAAACCACAAGUCGUGUUCAAAAAGAAAGCUGGUGGCCGACCCGGGUAGGUUAAUCACAAGAUUACUUCACUUUAUUUUCACUUUGUUUGUAAAUCACAAGAUUACUUCAAUUUACGUUUAUUUUUUAGAUAUUUUUUAAAAAAACUCAAAAUUUUACUUUUUAACUAAAUCGUGCUAUUUUUAAAUUUUUUUCUCACAAUUAACUUUUUAGCCCCUCAACCGACCGUUCUGGACCAUCGCCACGCCGUGUAAAGUCCGGUGGCAUUGUUAAGAAAACGCCCGGAUUCAAGGCUAAGAAACCCGCCAAACCGAAAGCAAAUCACGAUCAACUAGAUGCUGAACUCGAUGCUUACAUGAGAAGCUCCAAGCAUCCCAGAAUCAACGUAUAA